GUAUUCAUCUUAGAAAAUGAGAGGAGGUCUGUGGCAACUUGGUCAAUCAAUCACCCGCCGUCUUGCUCAGGCUGAUAAGAAGGCUGUCACUCGGUACUUUGGCUUAGAAGCUGAUCUUAAAAAGACUGUUCUUUAUGACUUCCACAUUGCUUAUGGUGGGAAGAUGGUGCCAUUUGCUGGAUGGAGUAUUCCCAUUCAGUAUAAGGACUCGAUCAUGGAUUCUACUAUAAAUUGUAGAGAACAUGGUGGCCUCUUUGAUGUCUCCCACAUGUGCGGGCUGAGCCUCAUAGGAAAGGACUGUGUUCCUUUUCUUGAGAAGCUUGUUAUUGCUGAUGUUGCUGGGCUUGCAGCAGGAACUGCGACCCUAACUGUCUUCACAAAUGAGAAAGGAGGAGCAAUUGAUGAUUCAGUGAUCACCAAGGUGACGAAUGAUCGCAUGUACUUACUUGUGAAUGCAGGGUGUAGGGAUAAGGAUCUGGCUCACAUUGAGGAGCAUAUGAAGGCAUUCAAGGCAAAAGGUGGUAAUGUCUCAUGGCACAUCCAUGAUGAAAGAUCUCUCUUGCUUUUCAGCCUUAUUCUUGUGGUGCAGGGUCCUCUUGCUGCUCCAGUUCUUCAACAUCUGACAAUAGAGGAUUUGAGCAAGAUAUACUUUGGGGAGUUCCGUAUGCUAGAAAUUAACGGAUCGCACUGCUUUCUCACUUGGACAGGGUACACUGGUGAAGAUGGAUUUGAAAUCUCAGUUCCUUCAGAGAAUGCUGUGGAUCUAGCAAAAGCAAUCUUAGAAAAAUCUGAAGGAAAAGUAAGGCUGACAGGGUUAGGAGCACGAGACAGCCUUCGACUUGAAGCUGGGCUGUGUUUAUAUGGCAAUGACAUGGAACAACACAUAACACCAGUAGAAGCAUGAUUGACUUGGGCCAUAGGUAAAAGACGAAAAGCCGAAGGUGGCUUUCUGGGUGCUGAGAUAAUACUUAAGCAACUUGCAGAGGGUCUAAAAAUCAGGCGUGCAGGAUUUACCUCUUCUGGUCCACCUCCUAGAUCGCACAGUGAGAUUCAGGAUGAAAAACGAACAAACACUGGAGAAAUCACCAGUGGAGGAUUUAGUCCAUGCCUGAAGAAGAACAUUGCCAUGGGGUAUGUGAAAUCAGGAUCCCACAAGGCAGGCACUAAAGUUAAGCUAGCGGUACGAGGGAAGGCCUAUGAUGGAGUUGUCACAAAAAUGCCAUUUGUACCAACAAAAUAUUACAAGCCAUCCAUACCCAUCUUUGGUGCUUCAGCUCUUUGCUUUUCUAAUCAGUUCCUGCUAUCACUUGUUUUUUGUUAAACUCGAUUACUUUCAAAGAAACCUCCAUCUUUUCUCUGUAAGAACCUCAUUUAUGAUUAUUUUAAAAGAAAUCUCAUAUCACGAUAAUAAUAUUUAUUUCUUUAACA